AUGGCCACAACUGAGGAAAAAACGACGUCUUCGUGUUGCAUUUCAGGCGAUUCUGUUCCGGUUCGCCGUCAGGCCUCUCCCGCCGUGUCGGCGGCGGAGGUGGUGCAGGAUUGGACCGGUUCAGCCAUUGAUCGUCGCGAGGAUCAGCAAAACAAGAAAGCUGCCAUGGCGUCCUUGACUCGCCCUGAGCCUUCAACCAAUUCUACCCCCAAAGGGAUCCCUAUCAUGUUGCGGGCUCAAACCAGUCAUCCUUUGGAUCCUUUAUCUGCUGCUGAAAUCUCAGUGGCUGUGGCAACAGUCCGAGCCGCUGGUGCCACCCCUGAGGUCAGAGAUAGCAUGCGAUUCAUCGAGGUGGUUCUGUUAGAACCAGAUAAACAUGUAGUUGCUUUAGCAGAUGCUUAUUUCUUCCCCCCUUUCCAACCAUCAUUGUUGCCAAGAACCAAAGGGGGGCCAGUAAUUCCAAGUAAGCUCCCUCCCAGGCGAGCUAGACUUGUUGUUUACAAUAAAAGAUCAAAUGAGACAAGUGUAUGGAUUGUUGAGCUAACUGAAGUACAUGCGGCAACUCGAGGAGGUCAUCACAGAGGAAAAGUCAUUUCAUCACAAGUUGUUCCUGAUGUUCAGCCUCCUAUGGAUGCCGUGGAAUAUGCUGAAUGUGAAGCUGUCGUGAAAGACUAUCCCCCAUUUAGGGAGGCAAUGAAGAAAAGAGGCAUCGAGGAUAUGGAUCUUGUGAUGGUUGAUCCUUGGUGUGUUGGUUAUCACAGUGAUGCUGAUGCUCCUAGCCGCAGACUUGCCAAACCACUUAUAUUCUGCAGAACAGAGAGUGAUUGCCCGAUGGAAAAUGGUUAUGCACGUCCGGUCGAAGGCAUUUUUGUACUUGUCGAUAUGCAAAAUAUGGUGGUUGUUGAAUUUGAGGACCCCGAUCCAUUGAGGAACUACACUCCUGGUGAAACAAGAGGUGGGGUGGAUCGCAGUGAUGUGAAGCCCCUUCAAAUUGUUCAGCCUGAUGGUCCAAGCUUUCGCGUUAGAGGGAACUAUGUGGAGUGGCAGAAGUGGAACUUUCGAGUUGGUUUCACACCUAGGAGGGUUUGGUUAUACACUCUGUUGCAUAUGUUGAUGGUU